AUGUCCUACGAGUGUGAAAAUGCACGUGCCGUCGACUUUUCGGGACUGGACGACCUCCACAAGUACAAGGACCAGCCUAUGUCACGGUCACGCGACCGACGCACGCACAAUGGUCCGCCACAGCGUGCCACCUGCGCCGUGCUGGACCUCGGCAGAGAGGGGUCCGCGGUCACCGAGGAGCUGACGUCGGACCUGGGGCUACAGGGCCCGCACCGGGCCCCUGCGUCUGGGCACCAUUGCUCGGUCGCUCAGGCGUUCUUCCCAGACUGGGUCACUUCAAGGUCGACCGGUGCCGCCGAACCGACGGAACUCCCGACGGACAAACAGCUGCCGGAAUUCGGCGACGCAUCUGAGCUGGCGGCCGGCGCGGCCGCCUACUUCCGGCUGGAGUACGAGGUUCCGCCUGAGCCUCCGACAAAGCCGGCCAUCUGGUACCUGCGCUAUCUCGCCUUGGUGGUGGCCUUUGGGGUCCUGGGCGGCCUGACGUACGACGUGUGCUGGCGCACCAACGUAUGCGGCGUGCGUGCUCCGUACGGCACGCUGGAGCCGGAAGAGCAGCAGGGGACGAAGCCGUCUUCGGCCAAGAGCGGCCUGUUCUACACCGUCUCCACCAUGGUAACUACGCACGCGCUCUGGGCAAAGACGAAGGCCGUGGCCGCGCUGCAGCGGGUGAAGAAGGCACGGUCAGGCGACACCGACGGCCUGGCCACCCAGCUGGAGUGUCAGCUGGAGGAUCCGGUGGAGGAGCCGCAGCAGGGAGCCGACAGUGCACUGCCGGCGGAGGACGAGCAAGAAGUCGCCGCCGACGGGGCCGACGGUCCACUACCGGCAGAGGACGAACCGCGAGCGGAGGACGAACAGGAAGCGGAAGAUGAACAGCGGGGUGCUGAGGGUCAGCAGGAAGGCGACGAAGUUCAGCGGGAGGACGAUUCCGCUGAGCAGGAGGGCGACGGGGACCAGGAGGAGGAGAAUUCUCCUCAGCAGGAGGACGAUAUGGCUCAGCAAGAGGAGAACGAUGACGCUCAGCGAGAGGAGGGUGCCCCACACGAAGUUGCGGAGACUGAGGCAUAGAUCAGCAAUCGUCUCGUAUGGAUAAUACAGGGACGAAGGUCUGCACCCGAAAUCCGCCAAACAGACGCGACAGAACUGACACAAAUAAACUAGAGUGCUCUGCGGGACCUAAUAUCCAGAACAGCUGUAGCAGUGGAAAUACGCCAUCCGAUGGUAAGGAGCAUUUGAAGCGCGUAACGUUAACCCCCUCACAGAAUACGUCUGUUGUAUUUCACUUAACCACCGGGAUGCAGGUAUGAAGAAACCACAGCCCCGUGAGCGGAACGCUGAGUGCUUUAUAUGCCGUACCUUCUUAAGAGGCUGUUUGUGUUGUGUGACGCAAAACAUCCUACUAACAUCAUAUGACCAGCAAUUGGGAAACUGAUCACUCUCAGACGAACGUGUCUAGGGCCUGUGAAAUGUAGGGUGUUCAAUAAACCUAGUGGUGUACUCAGCACAGUGCACCUAACCCAUUUAGGACCUGGCCUUGUGAUCAGAUGAAUAUGAAACAGACGGUGCACCAAAUAUGACACCGAUCACUAGAUAUUAUACCUGGUCAGAAGAAUGUUACAGAAAUGUUUCCCAAUAUUUGUGCGGUUGUAUUUCAUUUAAAAAAUCUGGACGCGAACACUUAUUUGCGAAAUUACUAUCAGUUAAUGUACCGUUCUAACUAGCUGCUUGUCUAGUACCAAUGCGGUUGUGUAUUCAAUUUUCUAAACCAUUCAGGUGCAUCCGUCUGAUGGAAGUCGUGGAGCGUGUAUUGCCCCUUUAAUUUAACUCCGCAGUACCAGCGGUGGCUUUGGAAAAAGAGCGCCACGAUUCAAUAAUGAGCGCACCUGAAAAAGUGUCUAGA